UUAUUUUUAAUAAUGAAACAAUAGAGGAAAACCUAUUAGAAAUAGAAGCGGUAAAACUUCUGAGCAAAUUACUUGUUAGAACAGCAUUGAGAAUGAAAAAAGUUGAAUCAAAUAAGUUAAAAAAGGAAAGGUCUCAUAUAGUAACUCUGGAAGAAGCUACAAUGAUGGAAGAAAAAUUAGGAAGAGAAGUUUUAUUUUCACGUUCUGAAAUUCAGCAAAAUAUUGGUCAAUUAGAAAACCCAAGUUCAUAUGAAAGUUAUUUUGAUGUAUUACCCAAAAUUAUUUGCGAUUUCUUUCAAGCCUUCAUCAUAGUACUACAAUAA